CGCGGACACAGUAUGACAGCUUUAACCGGACUCCAACUGAAAUUUAAAUGAACCUCUUUUGAAGCUAGUGUGUGGAGUCCCGUGUCGUCAUGCCGCUUGUUAAGAGAAAUAUCGAGCCGCGUCACCUCUGCAGGGGACCCUUGCCAGAGGGAAUUGGCAGCGAGCUGGACUGCGUCACCAACAACAACCUCUCGGCCAUCAUCCGCCAGCUCAGCAGUCUCAGCAAACAUGCAGAGGACAUCUUUGGCGAACUUUUCAAUGAGGCCAACACCUUUCACUUGCGAGCCAUUUCCCUGCAGGACCGUAUCGACCGUCUGGCCAUCAAGGUCACCCAGUUGGACUCCACCGUAGAGGAGGUUUCUUUGCAGGACAUCAACAUGAGAAAGGCGUUUAAGAGUACUACUGUGCAAGACCAGCAGGUGGUGUCCAAGAGUAGUGUACCCAACCCUGUGUUGGACAUGUACAAUGUCAGUGACAAGCCACCACCCCUUAGCAUCCUGUCACCAUACAGGGAUGACAAUAAGGACGGGAUGCAGUUCUACACUGAUCCCUCAUACUUCUUUCAGCUUUGGAAGGAGAAGAUGUUGCAGGACACUGAGGAUAAGAGGAAGGAGAAGAGGAGGCAGAAGGAGCAGAGGCGUGGCAUGGACGGUACCCUGCCGCGUGAGGUGAGGAAGGUGAGGAAGGCCCGAAACCGUCGGCAAGAGUGGAACAUGAUGGCUUUCGACAAGGAGCUGCGUCCAGACAGCCGCCACGCUCAUACCCUCCACCGAGGGAUGUCCUCGGAGGGGUCCCUGUCCCCUGAAAACAGGUCACAUGGGUUAGAUCUCCCAAGCUCUCCCACACCGUGCCCUCCCCAGACACCUGUAGCUCCUCACUCUUACCUACCAGGAGACAGCCACUUGAACAGCGUGGAACACGAAUACCACAGCAUCAACAUCGGAUAUGGGGGUGAAAUGACAAGCCGUCAUCACCAACCCCUGCCCUUGCCUCCAAAUGCUGACAUCAUCAAUGGCAUGCCCCUCCCACCUCCAGACUACAGCAUGACAUCAGCUCAGAUUAUGGAGUGCUCUAGCCGCUCCAAGCCACCGCCCCCUCCUCCUCUCAUUCCAUCAGCACAAACUGCCUUUGCCGCGCCCCUCGGAGGCCCUACUCCAGGGUCCUACACAGAACCAAUGGUAGUGACUGCUGGCUGUCCCCUCCCGCCUCCGCCAGCUUCUGGACCCUUACCGGGUCCACCCCCCCCAGGGCCACCACCACUCCCCCCUGGUCCCCCCCACAUUGCCUCCCACCAAAACUCCACCAGACCCAGUGAGGACAAGAGGCAGGAGUCCCAGUCCAUCAGUGAUGCACGCAGUGAUCUGCUCUCUGCCAUCCGCAUGGGGAUCCAGCUGAAGAAAGUUCAGGAACAGCAGGAGCUGCAGGCAAAGCGUGAGCCCAUGGGGAAUGAUGUGGCCACCAUCCUGUCCCGUCGGAUCGCAGUCGAGUACAGCGACUCUGGGGACGACUCUGAGCUCGACUACAAUGAGUGGUCUGACUGACUCGCCUCUCCAGGAACGGAUGGGACUGAAACUCAACCCUACUCCACCUUCCCUGACACACGUUGACCCCUAAAGCAUGACUACACAAUGCCACCCACCCCCUCACACAGUGAGACAAGAGCCCUUUGCAAAGUGACCGACAUGCACAGGCAUACAUUUUAUUUUCAGGAAGA